UACAACAUGGGUGGAGACCCUGUCACAGUCAUUGAGGACAUCCGAGACUUGCUGGACAUUGGCAGGGAUCGCAAAAAUCCCCGAGAGGAUUAUCUGGAUGUGUAUGUGUUUGGGGUCGGACCCCUGGUGGACUAUGCGAAUACCAAUGCCUUGGCUUCCAAAAAGAACAAUGAACGGCAUGUGUUUAGAGUCAGGGAUAUGGAAAACCUGGAGGACGUUUUCUUCCAAAUGAUUGAUGAAACCAAAUCUCUGGGUGUCUGUGGCAUAGUGUGGGAGCAUCAGGACGACAACGAUUAUUACAAGCAACCAUGGCAUGCCAAGAUCUCAGUCACUCGCCCUCUGAAAGGACACGAGAACUGUAUGGGGGCCGUGGUGUCUGAGUACUUCGUGCUGACAGCAGCGCACUGCUUCACUGUGGAAGACCAGAAACAUUCCAUCAAGGUCAGCGUGGGUAAGAAUGCAGUCAGACUCUGACCUCCAGGCCCAUCU